AUGGGCAAGUUCUUCUUUGGCCUCACGGGCCACCACCUGGCGGUGUUGCAGAUAGCCCUUAUCGUGGCGCCGUCCUUCAUUCUGUUCGGCUACAAUCAGGCCGGGCUUGGGGGCCUGAUCGGGCUCAAGGACUGGGUCCGCACCUUCCCCGAGAUCGACACAAUUCACAAAAAGGACUCGGCCACUUCGACGCUCAAGGGCUUCGUUGUCGCCACCAGCGUCAUUGGCGCCUUCAUCGGCUCCCUCAUAUGCGCCUACACGGGCGACAAAUUCGGCCGCCGCCACGUCAUCGCCUUUGCCGGUCUCUGUACCCUCGUCGGCGAGGUCCUCGAAUGUUCCGCCUUCAGCCUAGCCCAGCUCAUCAUAGGCCGCAUUAUCGUCGGCCUGGGCAUCGGCCAGCUCAGCACCAUCGUGCCCGUCUGGCAGAGCGAGACGAGCGGCGCCAAGAACCGCGGCAGGCACGUAGUGCUCGAUGGACUUUUUAUCUGCGUCGGCUUCGUUCUUGAGAGCUGGAUCAACCUCGGCUUUUUUGAGUUUGACGAUGGCCCCGUCACCUGGCGCCCGCCUAUCGCCAUCGCCAUUAUUUUUUCCCUGAUCCUCCUCGCCAGCAUUUACCUCUUCCCCGAGAGCCCUCGCUGGCUGGUGGCCAUGAACCGCAGCUCAGAGGCGCGCGAGGUGCUCUCGGCUUUGCGUGGUCUGCCCGGGGACUCGAUCGAGGUCGAGGCCGAGCUAUCGGGUAUCGAGCUUUCGCUCGAGGAGACGUCCGGCAGUGGGGCCAAGCUGAGCGACAUGCUCGACCCCAAGAACGAGGAUAAGCUGCUGUACCGCUUCGGUCUCUGCAUCCUGCUCCAAUUCUACCAGCAAAUGUCGGGGACCAACCUCGUGUCCGUCUACGCCACCAUUCUAUUCCAGGACAAUCUGGGCAUGAGCCCGGAGCUGUCGCGCGUGCUCACGGGUGGCGCCCUGACCUGGAAGUUUUUGGCAUCAUUCCUGGCCUUCUUUUGCAUCGACCGCUUCGGCCGCCGCAUCUGCUUUAUGAUCUCGGGCUUCGGGAUGGGCGCGUGCAUGGUCGCGCUAGCUAUCUCGACCUCGUUCGACGAGGGUAACCGCGCAGCCCAAAUUUCUGCAGGAUGCUUCAUCUAUCUCUUCAACACCUUUGUGCCCAUCGGCUUCCUGGGCGCAAACUUUUUGUACUGUACCGAGGUCGCGCCCGUCCGCCUCCGCAUGGUCAUGUCGAGUAUUUCCACUGCCAACCACUGGCUCUGGAAUUUUGUUGUUAUUAUGGUUACGCCCGUAGCCAUCUCGACCAUCGGGUGGCGCUUCUACCUUGUCUUCGCCUCCAUCUGCGCCUGCAUCCCCCUGAGUGUUUAUUUCCUCUAUCCGGAGACCAUGGGCCGCAAUCUGGAGGAGAUUGACCUCAUGUUCCGCGACUCGCCUUCGAUCUGGGCCACGGUCAAGUACGCAAAGACGAGGCCAGUGGCCAUGCCUCAAGAGUUCGGCAGGAAGAACAAGACGGAACACGUCGACGGCGUCGCCGUCAACGACGAUUCGGAUGACACCCCCAGGGUCAGCCGGUGA